AUGAAUCCUCGCACUCCAGCGAAACGGUCCUCAACAGAUGCAGGGCUUGACUCGCCUCGCGAGUCGCAUCGAUCGACAGAGUCACGUCCUGUGGCUCCCAGGAUAUCGAAAGCUCGAGCUUGUGCCGAAUGUAAACGACACAAGAUUCGAUGUGAAUUUCGAUCGGGUGAAAGUAGUUGCACUAAAUGUGUUCGCAGUGGCAUCAAAUGCAUGGUGAAUGAUUUUUCCCAGAAAUUUGUGGACGAUGAUGGGAUAUGGAAAUCACAGGCUGCAGCAAGCCUCCAGCAGUUGCAGACGGCAGUGUCCCAGCUCUUGCAACACGCUGGACUGCCCGAUCUGUCAACAGUUGGAGGUAGCAACGGCCGUCACGACCCCAGUCCAGCCGCCUCCCAUCACCCUCAUCGGCCGUCAAUUGAUGCGUCGCAGUCACAUCAUAGCAACCACGAGGGACCGGGGGUGGCCAUGGAUGUCACACGGGAGCCAUCACAAGAACCCGAUCUUCAGGACCCAGAACUAGUUCCCGCGCCAAUGCGAAGUUUAUACGAGGUCACGAAACUGCGUAACCUCCGCAACAAUCCCAUCGAGGCCCCCAAGAAAACACUUUUGGAGGAGGAUUUUAUCACAAGAGGCCUCGUCUCCGUCCACGAGGCCGAGGAAUUGUUUGCAUAUUUCAGUCGCACCAUGAACCAAUUACUAUGGGGCGGAAUCAUCCUGGUCCAUCGGGACCUCACUUCCGUCCGUCGUGCCUCUACCUUGCUCUCAGCUGCGGUGCUCACCGUCGCAGCCCUUCACAUCCCCAAUCGAACGGAGACCUUGAACCGCUGCUAUAGCGAGUAUGUAGCCCUCGUCUCAAGCAUGGCUCUCACGCGAGCUCACACGCUGGACGACAUUCGAGGUCUUUGCGUUGGCGCAUUUUGGCUGUCCGAGCUAAGCUGGAAGCUCUCUGGACAUGCCGUGCGCGUUGCGACUGAGCUUGGUCUGCAUCAGAGUUAUCAUCGUCUGAUUCGGGGGCACACCGAUCAAUAUGCACGCGCACAGUUAUGGUACCUGCUGUACGUGUGUGAUCACCAUUUCAGUAUCGCUUAUGGGCGGCCGCCCGUCAUCCACGAAGACACGGCCAUUCGGAAUUACGAGACCUUCCUGAAGUUGCCCAUGGUCGUCCCUGGCGAUAUCCGACUUUUGGCACAGGUCGUGUUGUUCACGAUCUUGACCGAGGCGUAUCGCAUGUUUGGGAGUGAUACCGAGCAAGCGCUCACAGAGGCAGAUUUCGGGCAAUUGAGAGUCUACAAUGUCGCGGUGGACCAGUGGCGAUUAGUCUGGCAGCCGAGGGCGGCCGAUAGCUCGUACGUGCGCACCUACCCCUCCAAGGGGGUGGUCUUGCACUACCACUUUGCCAAAUUUCAGCUCAAUUCACUCUCACUGCGAGGACUCUCGCCGUCCAACACGCCCGUCUUCUCGAUGGAUCGGAGAGAGAGUGCCAAUAUCGCCAUCUCUUCCGCCAUGGCCUGCCUGAACAUGGUGUUGGAGGAGCCCGAUAUUCGAGAUGCCAUCGUUGGGGUACCCAUCUUCACGCACACAAUGGUGACCUUUUCCGCCGUCUUCUUGAUCAAGGUGGCCAUCAACUGGAACACGGCGUAUUUGAGCAUCGAUGCGCAACAGGUGCGGCGACUCGUGGAGCGGGUCAUCGAGCUGAUGAACUAUGUCUCUGCCGGGGAACGACAUCUCACCCGGCACAUUGCCCGUGGCCUUGGCAAGAUGCUCGAGCGGUUUGACUCGUGGGAGGCUGGAUGGCCCGUCGGCAGCCACCAUGCCAACAGCGAGGUGAAUCAGAACAAUAGUAGCCAUCCGCCGGGAGGGGCGAAUGCACUGGCCCAGGGCUUCCCUCCACCCGACCUGAUCUACGACAUGGUUGGGACCUACGGCUUUGGACUAGAUGAGAAUCUCUUAGAUCCCAGCUUGGCCAAUUUCGAAUUUUUGGCGCAAUAA